AUGACCAGCCCCAACACAGACCCCACAUUCCGGAACUACACCAGCUCACAAGCCGAAGCCUACGCAUCGCACCGUCCCCCCUAUUCCUCCAAACUCUAUGAAACAGUACUAGAACACCAUGAGAAAACCGGUGGUAAAUUCAACAUACUACUCGAUCUAGGAUGCGGACCCGGAAACGCCACGCGAGAUAUGGCGGGGUAUUUUGAGGAGGCGAUUGGAUGUGAUGCCGGUGCGGCAAUGAUCGAGACAGCGAGGGAAAUAGGGGGGAAGACGCGGAGCGCGAGGGAUAUUAGAUGGGUUGUUGGGAGUGGGGAGGAAUUUGCUGGGUUAGGGGAGGUGAGGGGGGAGGAGGUGGAUUUGAUUACUGUGGCUAUGGCGGUACAUUGGUUUGAUAUGGAUAAAUUUUGGGCGCAGGCGGCGAGGGCAUUGAAACCUGGUGGGACGGUGACAUCAUUCUACCCACACCCCUCCACCCCCAACCGAAAGCAACUCCUCCAAAUCUUCACAAACCUGGAACACAAAAUCCUAGCUCCCUACGAACUCCCCGCUAACCGUCUCUCCCGCGAUAUGUACGACCAUCUUCCCCUUCCAUGGAAUAUACCGCAUCCCAUUCCGGCCUCCACAUUCCCCCCUUGGCAAUUCCUAAAAUUAGAUUUCGAUCGUGAGGGGAUCCUUUCCGAUGCAAAAUCCAAUGAUUUUUUCGGUGGAGGAAGAGAAGUUACACUGAAGGAUGUAGAGGAGACGUUGGGAACGGCUAAUAUGGUAACGAGAUGGAGAGAAGCGCAUGCUGAGAAGGCGGAAACCGAGGAGGAUAUCUUGAAGCUGCAUAUUGAGGAAGUGAGGAAAGUUAUGGGUGGAAAGGAAAGUAUGCUGGUUGGAAGUAGUACUGCGAUUAUUUUUGUUAAGAAAGCUAUUGAGGAGGCUUGA